AUGGCAUUCACACCACGAUCCGAGCGGUCGCAGACCAGAUACUCCACCCCGGAGCCGGACUUGGACGACCAUCGCUUCCAAGCAGAGAGCUUGCCACCACUCAACGAUGCGCAACUUACUGGACGUCGUGGGACACUGGCCAGUCUUGUUGAUGGUGAGCGACCACAGCGACCGACCUUGAAUGUGCCACCGACCGACCACCCUGCAUCGCACGGUUCACAAGCCCGCGACUUCUAUGAGCAAGCGAUUGACGAUGGAGCGAGCGUCAGGAGCAAGAACUCGGCGCGUUCCACGAGGCUGCGCUCUGCUGAUGAGGACUGGCACCGAGUGAGGCGUGAGACUGCCGAGUCGUCGAGCCCUCUUCCUCCACGACGCAGUCAGUUGCGUCGACCAGUGCACCCACGGAAGGAGGGAGAUGCAGAGUCAAUCCAUUCACAACAAAGUUCUGAUCGUUCUACUUCUCCACCCAACUCUGUUGACGCUUUUGCGCCUGCGAAGAGAGGACGAUCUGGUACCGUCAACAGCAAGGCACCAUCUGCGGAGAACUUGUCGCUGCACCGAACCAACUCGAAUGGCACCCAUCGCACGCACCCUCGACGUCGCCCGACCUUCACCGAAGAGAAGGAGAACGCAUCGCUCGUUGCGCCAGCGCCAAACCUUCGAUCCGAUGGUGCAUCUCGACGUAGCUCAGUUCAAGCUGAUGUCUGCUUCCCGCCAGAGGAGCCACCGAACACGUACACGAUCGAUUUUGAGGAUCUCGAGGAAUUCGUCUCGCAGACUCACACCAAGACACCUGUUGCUCACCCGUUCAUGCCGCACUUCACGAAGCAGAAUGAGGAACAGAGAGUCUUCCUGGAUGCUCGCCACAACAGCCAAACGCAAGGCUACUUUCCCGACAUCGAAAAGCACGGCACUCAGACCGACGACGAGAAGACAGGUGCCAGCGAGUCGUCCGACGACCUUCGACGAGUGCCGAGCAACUCCGAGCAAGUUAAUCGCUGGACUUUCUUCUCUUCGGAGAUUGACGAGACGAUCCACGCUCCAGAGCUCGGCGGCCUUCUGAUGCCAGGCGAGAGCUUCCGUGAUCUUUUCGAGCUUGGUCCAGAGGGUGGUGUAUGGUGGCUUGACAUGCUCAAUCCAUCAGAAGAGGAGAUUUUCGCCAUCUGCUCAGCUUUUCGUGUCCAUCCUUUAACGAGGGAGGAUAUCACCACGCAGGAGACUCGCGAGAAGGUUGAGCUGUUCAAGAGCUACUACUUCCUCUGUUUCCGGGGGUUCUAUGCUCUGGACAAGACCAGCGACGACUAUCUCGAGCCGAUCAACAUCUACGCCGUGGUCUUCCGAGAGGGCCUCCUCACAUUCUCGUUCUGCCAAAACAACCAUGCUGCGACUGUUCGCAAGCGUAUUGGACGUCUUCGAGAUUAUGUCAAUCUUUCCGCAGACUGGGUCUGUUACGCCUUGAUUGACGAGAUCGUCGACUCUUUUGGACCUGUCCUCCGCGAGCUCGAGAUUGAAACCGACGCUAUCGAGGAUUCGGUUUUCACUGCGCGCUUCGAAGAUUCGCGACAAAUGCUUAAGCAGAUUGGCGAAUGCCGGAAGAAGAUCAUGGCUUUGACGAGGCUGAUCGGAGGCAAGGCGGACGUCAUCAAGUCCUUUGCGAAGAAGUGCAACGAGGCAUACUCCAUCGCUCCCCGCGGCGAUGUUGGUCUUUACCUCAGCGACGUUCAGGAUCAUAUCGUCACCAUGAUGUCCAAUCUGGGCCACUUCGAGAAGAUGCUCAGCCGAAGCCAUACGAACCACCUGACCCAGAUUACGCUUCAACACACCGAGCAAGGUUCGCGAGCUAACGAACUUCUCGGAAAGAUCACUGUCCUGGCUACCGUACUUGUUCCAAUGAACCUGAUCGCCGGUCUCUUCGGUAUGAACGUCCGAGUUCCUGGUCAGGAUGGCGAUAACUUGGGCUGGUGGUUUGGGAUUGUAGGGGUGGUGCUCUUUCUGGGCAUCACUUGCGUGACGCUUGCGAAGAGGUUCAAGUUCAUUUGA